UCGAGCCUCAGCCUGCCGCAAACUAAGUCCUCACUCUCUCUCAAUUGUGAUCGAAUUGAGAUCCUGGUUGGUGCAUACAUAACGUUUAGUAGUUGUUCACUAAAUAACAUGGGUUACAAUAUGAGUAAGCCAGGAUUGGAUUCUUGCAUUAGUGACACUGAUAGUGAUGAUGGAGCUUCUUCUAGACAAAUGUGUGAUGAACCUCUUCACAAAGAUCAUGAAUUUUUUCAACUGACCAAGCUCCGUUCAGAACCAAGUGAAAGUGCCCGUAAAGCUGGCCAUACUGGGAGGAAGAUGCCUAUAUCGACAGUUAAAAUGCUGUCAGGUAGGGAAACUAAUUAUUCAGGAAAGGGGAGGUUCUCUUCUGCUGAUCGCUCUCAUCUUCUUGGACGAUACUUGCCUGUCAAUGGUCCAUGGCCUGUUGACCGAAUGGAUACCCGGGCAUAUGUGUCCCAGUUCUCUUCUGACGGUUCACUAUUUAUAGCAGGAUUUCAGGGAAGCCACAUCAGAAUAUACAAUGUUGAUGAUGGAUGGAAAGUGCAAAAGGAUAUUCUUGCUAAAAGUUUGAGGUGGACUAUCACAGAUACAUCCCUUUCACCAGAUCGCCGGUUUCUUGUUUAUGCUAGCAUGUCACCUAUUGUUCACAUUGUUAAUGUGGGUAGUUCAGCAAUGGAAUCUCAUGCUAACAUUAAUGAUAUUCAUGAUGGCCUGGACUUUUCUAUGUAUGCGCAUGGGGCAUUCUCUUUUGGCAUAUUCUCCGUGAAAUUUUCAACUGAUGGUCGAGAGCUUGUCGCCGGAACUAGUGAUGAUUCAAUAUAUGUUUAUGAUUUAGAAGCAAAUAGAUUGACAUCACGUUUUCCAGCUCAUACAUCUGAUGUGAAUACAGUAACUUUUGCUGAUGACACUGGCAACCUUAUAUAUUCUGGGAGUGAUGAUAGCCUCUGCAAGGUCUGGGACAGACGCUGCUUUGCCACAAAGGGAAAAGCAGCUGGCGUCUUGACUGGCCAUUUAGAAGGUAUAACAUUCAUUGAUAGCCGUGGAGAUGGGCGGUAUUUCAUCUCAAAUGGAAAAGAUCAAGGUUUAAAGCUGUGGGACAUUCGAAAGAUGUCCUCCAACGCUAGUAGCUUCAGACCUAGAAUUUCUGAUUGGGACUACAGAUGGAUGGAGUACCCACCUAGCGCUAAGCAAUUCAAACAUCCAUUUGAUCAGUGUGUCGCUACAUAUAGAGGACAUGCGGUCCUUCGUACUCUAAUACGUUGUUAUUUCUCACCUGCCCAUAGCACUGGUCAGAGGUACAUAUACACUGGGUCCCACGACAAUUGUGUUUAUAUCUAUGAUGUGGUGACUGGAGACCGCGUUGCAAAACUAGACUGCCACCAGCUAACUGUAAGAGACUGCAGCUGGCAUCCAUACUAUCCUAUGCUUGUGAGCUCGUCUUGGGAUGGAUUGAUCGCUAGAUGGGAAUUCCCUGGCAACGAAGCAGUUCCUCCCUUAAAGAAGAAAAACUGUGUGGUUAUUGAAGAUCAAAUGUUUCGUGCCAUAUAUUUGUAAAUAAUUAUUGUAUUGUUGGCUGAUAUGAGCUAGCCAUUUGUUGUACUCUCACAGAGGUAAGGGUGAAGAAUAUUUCAUUGUUUGUAUAUAAACCCUAUAAUCAGAAAUAUGCGAAUAAGGUUUUGUUA